GGUAUUUCUCCAAAUCUCCCCGCAGCACAUAUAAACCAUUGAUCAUGUUUUCGCGCCCCAUAUAUUCGUGGGGUAGGCUUCCCUUUUCGGGCCCAGGCCUUCGCCUGCCCAAUUCCAUGAACACCAGAUAUGUCGACUCAGGGAGGAGAUUCUUCACUCGCAAUUCAUGCCAACAGAAUAUCAACGCACCUUUCAAUACGCCUCAGUCGCAAAAGCGAAAUGCAUCGACCAUGUACUAUACUGCCAGUCUUAUUCUCGGAACUGUUGCCCUCGCCUAUGGCUCCGUCCCUCUGUAUAAAAUGAUCUGUCAACAAACCGGCUGGAACGGUCAACCGGUGGCCACCCACCAGAAAGGAGAUGGCGAUACCGCAUCGCGCGUAACCCCGGUCACUGACUCUCGUCGACUGAGAAUUACUUUCAAUGGAUCGGUUUCGGACGUUCUACCCUGGAAAUUUACACCGCAGCAACGUGAAGUUCGCGUUCUACCCGGCGAGACGGCGCUUGCGUUCUUUACAGCGACGAACAAGGGCCCGACGGAUAUCAUUGGUGUAGCAACAUACAGUGUCACCCCCGGACAAGUUGCUCCAUACUUCAGCAAGAUCCAAUGCUUCUGCUUCGACGAGCAGAAGCUGAAUGCUGGGGAAUCGGUUGACAUGCCGGUCUUCUUCUUUAUUGAUCCUGACUUCGCCAAGGACCCGGCAAUGAAGGGCAUUGACACGAUUACGCUCUCGUACACAUUCUUCAAGGCGCGAUAUGACGACAACGGUGUUCUGAAGCCAUUGCCAUCCAACUAAUGGCGUAAUUGAUCGCUUUAUACCGCUUACCAGGAAUCAAGCAACCGAACCCCUUAUGACGCACACCGAGGCCGAAAUGAAAUGUUUCCCGGAAACUAUAAACCCAGUAUUCCCCUGGGUACGUGAUAUCGAGCGAACCGUCUCAGAGACCUGUCUCGCUUUUGUGCGACUUCUCGAGUAGUAUCGAAAGUCCUUUCUCCUCUCCAAGUGAUUGAGCAUGGUAAUAUGCUCAAUCAGAUGGCCUCAAGCGCUCCGCUGGCCUUUUUUGUAUCAUAGAUAGAGCAUGUACAUAUAGAGGCUUUGUAUGGAAUGGGGGGAUUACAAUUCUAUGUAUAUUAUCUAGGCGUUUGAAUAGUUUCCCAACAAAGCAUGCCAG